AUGAGGAAGACCACAGAAUGCCUUGGAAUGGAGAACAACAAAAAGGACCGUCCAUUUGGGGAGGUGUCUCAAACACUGCUCCAGCACACAGUAGCUUUCAUAGAAGAGGUGUUAGUGCCUAUUCUAAGCAAUAAGGAAAACCAUACGUCCUGGCCAGGUUGCAUUUCCCAAGACAUGGAGCAUCAUCCUGUGGAAAUCAUGAAAAAUAAAACACAAAUUAUGAAAGGACUGAUGUCAGGAACAACUCAUCUUCCCACUCCUACAGAUGCAGCAAAGAUUGACUUGCAUCAAAUAUAUGCUGAAAAUAAACAAGAUCCCAAUUCCAGGGUAGUACUACAUGCUGUUGAAUCAAUGGUUAUUAGGUGGUCACAUCAGCUGCAUGAACUGAAUAGGGAUUCUGCUGAACUUCUGCAUGGCUUUCAUUCAGACCCCCAAACUGAGGUGAACUUCUGGAAAGGAAGAAAAGACAAUCUUUUAUAUAUAAAUAAGCAACUUCAGAGUCCUGUCCAAAAAAUGAUUAAGAUCUUAAAAGCCAAAGAAAGCAGCUAUUACCCUGCUUCUCAGGACAUUUUCAAGGAAGUAGAGGAUGGUAAGGGUAGAGAGAAUGAGUUCCACGAGCUGUUUCUUGCAGGAGAAGAGGAUCAGGAAAUUUUCUUUAACAUGUUGGAAUUUCAAAAGCUGGAAAAGCUGGAGUUUAGUGGAAUCGAGGGGAAAAUUUUAAGCGAGUAGGUCUGCAGAAUGGAUGAAGAGUUUCUGGAAAGCUGCAAAGUUUUCAGGAAGAGAACAUGCGAUCCUUCAGAUUACAGUACUAUGAAAUACCCUGUCAUGUUACGUAGCUGGCUUCGCUGCCCGCUGGCUAGCGCUCUCGGCUGCCUUCAGAGCGGGCUCUGGUCCCAGGGCGCGGGAUGCUUUCGGCGUUUAGGCUGGGCAGCCCCGCGCAGCGGGGAGAGCAGAGCUGCCCGAUGUCUUGCCUCGGUUCUUUGUGUAGGAUUUCAUGACUGUUGAGGUUUAGAAUCCAUGUUCAAGCUUUUAACUAUCUUUGGAAGCCUUCUAAAAAAACCUGUCAUCAUGGAGGUAUUUAGCCCAAAUUACAACAUUUUAUAGGAAAUGUUUGAUGAAGAAUUGGAUAACUGCAGAUGUAUACAUGAUGAACACAUUAAAAAGGAAACCUUGUUAGGAAACCUUAAAUGGUCUAAAGAACUGAAGGAAGGAAUACAGACAUUUUGGUCCCACUUCUAGAGUCUGCCUCACCCGUAAGUGUUCAUAGUCACUGAUUUAAAAUAUGUUAAGAUGUCGAAAUUCCUUGACCAAUAUGAAGAUCAGACCUAUUGUGAAUGGGAAGUCCAGGAGGAUGAAAUUUGUCAGUUUAAUUUAGACCAACUUCUAAUUAAGUGUAAUCCCAGAAAUGGCCUCCUGAGUGUUAAUUUUGAUCCUAAGCUAGUGGCUUUAUUGAGAGAGGUGAAACAUCUCUUAAUGUUGAACCAACCCAGCAUUCCAGAUCCUGCUUUAGCUAUGUGUGAGAAAAGGAACAGUUUUGCAAAGUGUAUCGGAAGCCCUGAACUUCUCGUUCAGCUGUACAAGAGACAUGCAGAGGUAGAAUAUCCUCUGAUUGAAAAAGAGCUGAGAACUAUUGAUGACCAGCUGAAAGAAGUGGAAGAAAUACGCACAGGGCAGGCGACAACCUGCUGAGACUGCAUCAAACAAGCGAAAAUGGCAGUGUGUGAUUUGGGGCAGAGUUUUCAGCAAUCAAAGGACAAUGUUGAAUCAAUCCAGGGAAUUAUGAAGGCUUGGAUGGAACAUGCCCUCUUUUUCAGGAAGGGUAAAAAAGAAGCUCUGUUAUACCUGGAUGACAAAGGAGAAAGACUUGCUAAAAUAUACAAAAUGCUGCAAGAAGAUAGCUACCAGAUCCAUCUUCUUGUUGAGGGAAAUUUAAAGCCCUUCAAAACAGAUUCCUCCUCAGCCUCUUGGAAGAUUUAUAUACAGUGCAUUGAUGACAUUGUGGCUGAUGGUUUAUAUAACACCAUAAUGCAUUCCUUAGACUUCUUUUUGGAGAACACAGAAGAAAGUUUGAAGCCAGCUCCACUUUUUCAAACACGAAUGAUCCUUAAUGCCCCAGAGAUUAACUUUAAACCUUCUCUAGAUAAAGAGGCUGGUGAUGGCUUUUAUGACCUAAUAGAUGAGCUCCUGGGUGAUGUUUUCCAGAUGUCUGCCCAGGUGAAAAGGGUAGCAGCACACCUGGGAACAGAACACUGCCAGAAUGAUAUGGACAACAUGUUUGAUCUGUCUGAAAUCAGGCAGGAGAUUGUGGAGAGACUGGCAAAUAUUACCAGCAAAGUGCUGGAGUACAGAAUAUCUCUUGCUAGCUAUGCGUCCCUCUGGCUGGAGGACCGGUCUGAGUUUAUGAAGCAAUUCCUUCUCUGUGGUCAUGGUUUAGCAUCCACAAAGAUGCCUCUUACUGAUGAAGUCUUUCAACAGCCUCCCACUAUUAAACUGUUUAAAGAGCAGAUUGACAUCUAUGAAAAUCUUUAUGUUCAGAUAAGCAACUUUGAAGACUCAAAAAUUUUUGAAACUUCGUUUAAAGUGGAUACAAAGCCUUUCAAAAUGAGCUUGCUAAACAUUAUUAAGAAAUGAAGCUGGAUGUUUAAGGAGUAUCUCCUGAGAUUUGUCAUUAUUAGUCUAGCUGACUUUGAAGAAUUUAUAAAAGUGGCAGAUGCUGGACUCCAAAGAGAGGUGACCAAAGGAAAUUAUUGUGUGCUGGCAGAAAUGAUGGGCCAUCUCUUGGCCGUGAAGGAGAGGCAGACAACUCCUGAUGAACUCUUUGAACCUUUAAAAGAGAUGGUUGCACUGUUAGAAAGCUAUGGACAGAAGAUGUCAAGUGAAGUUUAUGUCCAGUUAGAGGAAUUCCCUGAAAAACAGAAUGCUAUUAAGAGAGCUGUGUCGGUGCAGCAUAAAGUAACUUCUCUUCAGGCAUCUGAGGUUGCAGUUAUUGGAAGAAAAUAUGUCUUUCAUCAGGGGAAGCAGAUGGAAUUCAGAGAAUGAUUUAAAAUGGAAGCUCCCUUUGAGUUUGGUGCAGAAAAUGCAUAUGCUCUCCUCUUCAAGGCAAAUCAAGAGCUUGAGAUGCUGGAAAAAGAAAUGUUACUAAUGCAGGAAUCUGCAAAACUAUUUGAAGUAGCUAUUCCAGACUGCAAGCAAAUGAAACAAUGUUGAAAAGUGCAGUUGAUCAAGACGGUUUGGGAUAUUAGAUUGUACAUUAGAAGCAGCACUGAUGAUUGGACUGAAACCCAGUGGACACAGAUUAAUGUGGAACAGAUGGAUGUGCAGCUCAGAAGGUUUGCCAAGGAAAGGUGGUCUUUGGAUAAAGAAGUUUGCUCCUGGGAUGUAUGUAGUGGCUUGGAGUUAAAGGUGAAGAAUCUGAUGCCGUCACUGAGAGCAAUACGGGAGUUGCAAAAUCCUGCAAUCAGAGACAGACACUGCUACCAGGUCACGAAUGUGACAGGAGUCAGGCUUUUAGUAGCAGAAGAUACUACCUUGACAGACCUUCUGGGACUCCAGCUUCAUAAAGCAGAAGAUGAAGUCCAAAGUAUGGUUGACAAUGCUGUGAAGGAGUUGGGUACUGAAAAGAUUUUGGCAGAAAUCAGCCAAACGUGGGCUGCCAUGGAAUUUUCUUACGAAGAGCAUCACAGGAACAGAGCUCCUUUAUUAAAGUCAGAUGAACAGCUGCUUGAAACUUUAGAUAACAAUCAAGUUCAGCUGCAAAUGAUUCUGAAAAGGAAAUAUGUGGCAUAUUUCACUGAACAAGUGAAAGGUUAGCAAAAUAAAUUAAACAUAGCAGAUUCUGUCAUUUCCAUUUGGAUGGAAGUUCAAGUCACGUGGUCUCACCCAGAAAUUAUUUUCACUGGCUCUGAAGAUAUUGGAAGCCAGCUUCCAGAAGAUGCAAACAGAUUUGAUGAAAUCAACAGAGACUUGAAACAGUUGGUGACUGACAUAGCAAAUACAAAAAAUGUGAUGGAUGCUACAAGCCAAAGCACAUAUCGUUAAAAUCUCUGUCUUAUUUUCAGACUUUCUCUUUGUGAAAAAGCUCUGGCUUUAUUUUUAGAAACCAAGCACAUAGUUUUUCCACGCUUCUAUUUUGUUUCUUCAGCAGACUUGCUAGACGUUCGUUCAAAAGGAACACAGCCAAAACAGGUGGCCCAUUAUCUUACCAAACUUUUGGACAAUAUUGCUGAUCUUACAUUUCAAGAGAAUAUAGAGGAAUCUGUAAAUACUGCCCUUGGGAUGUUCAGCAGAGAAAAGGAGUAUGUUCCGUUCUAUGAAGGGUGUGGAUGCAGUGGUCAGGUAGAGUCUUGGUGGCAACACCGUGAGGAAACACUACACAAAACAGUGCACCUCUACAUCAUGGAGGCAAUACUGGCCUAUGAAGAGAAGCAGAGAGAACAGUGGGGUUUUGACUAUGCAGCCCAGGUUGCACUUACUGGUUCACAAAUCUGGUGGGUUUCAGAUGUUGAAAUGGCAUUCAGUAGGCUGGAAGAGGGCUUGGCAUCAGCCCUGAAGGAUUGCCACAAGAAGCAAGUCACUCAGCUAAAUGCUUUUAUUACCAUGCUGCUUGAAGAACUUUUUUCGGGUGAUCGGCAGAAAAUCACAAUGACCAUUUGCACCAUAGAUGUUCAUGCUAGAGAUGUUGUAGCAAGCCUUGUAGCUCAGAAAGUGACCAGUUCGUGAGCUUUUGCUUGGCUGUCACAGCUACACCAUAGAUGAGAUGACGCCCAGAAACACGGUUUUGCCAACAUUUGCGAUGCUCAGUUUCAGUACUUUUAUGAGUACUUGGGAAAUACCCCUCGGCUAGUUAUUACACCUUUGACUGACAGGUGUUACAUUACUCUAAUCCAGUCUCUCCACCUAACAAGGAGCAGUGUUCCUGCAGGACCAGCCAGCACAGGUAAGACAGAGACCACCAAAGAUCUAGGCUGUGCCCUUGCUAUGAUGGUGUAUGUCUUCAGCUGUUCUGAGCAGAUGGAUUACAAGUCUAUAGGGAUUAUCUAUAAAGAUUUGGUCCAGACAGGACCUUGGGGAUGCUUUGAUGAAUUCAAUCACAUCUUGGUAGAAGUUCUGUCAGUCGUGGCAGUACAAAUAAAGACUAUUCAUAUUGCAAUUAGGAACAAGAAAAACAACUCAGUAUUUUUAUUCCUUGGUGAAAACAUUACCCUGAAGUCAUCAGUUGGAACACUUAUUACCAUAAACCCAGGAUAUGCAGGUGGGACAGAACUACCUGAAAACUUCAAAGCACUGUUCAGACCCUGUGCCAUAGUUGUCCCUGACAUUGAAGUGAUCUCAAAAAUUACGUUGGUUGCUGAAGGGUUUAUUUAUGCAUGUCUGUUAGCCAGGAAGUUUAUUACCUUGUAUACUCUCUGCAGGGAGCUGCUUUCUAAACAGGACCAUUAUGACUGGGGACUUUGUGCUAUCAAGUCAGUUUUGGUAGUUGCUGGCUCACUGAAACGAGGAGAUAGGAACAGAUCUGACAAUCAGGUGCUUAUGUGAGCCUUAAGAGACUUCAAUUUGCCAAAAAUAGUGACAGAUGAUAUCCCAAUUUUCAUGGGUCUAAUCAGUGACCCGUUUCCAGCUCUGGAUGUUCUGAGGAAGAGGAACCUGCAAUUUGAACAGAUGGUUAAACAAUCUACCCUGGAGCUUCACUUGCAGCCUGAAGAGAGCUUUAUUCUCAAAGUUGUUCAGCUGGAGGAGCUACCAGCACUGUGUCACUCUGUGUUUGCUGUUGGAAAUGCGGGGACUGGAAAGAGUAAGGUGCUGAAAGUUCUGCAUCACACGUAUGUGAACAUGAAACAAAAGCCUGUUUGGAAUGACUUUAAGUCAAAAGUUCUGAUAGCUGAUGAAUUGCUUGGUUUUAUACACCAUGCAAUCCGAGAGUGAAAAGAUGGUCUCCUGACAUUUCUUCUGAGAGAGCAAUGUAGUAUUACCCAUGAGAGGGCAAAAUGGUUAGUUUUACAUGGGGAUAUGGAUCCUAUGUGGAUUGAGUCCCUCAAUACUGUUAUGGAUGAUAACAAGGUUCUGACCCUUACAAGCAAUGGACAUGUGCCUGUGACUCCAUCAAUGUGGCUACUAUUUGAGGUACCCCAUUUAAGAGCUGUUACCCCAGCUACAGUAUCCAGAGCUGGUAUUCUCUGUCUGAACACCCAGGACCUGGCAUGGAAUCUGUAUGUUGCCAGCUGGAUAGAAACAAGGAGAUACCAAUCCAAAAAGGCUAACUUGACUGUUCUUUUUGACAAAUAUGUGCCUCCUUACUUAGAACAACUCAGAACAAGAUUUAAAACUGUUAUUCCUGAGAAUAGUGUGGUUCAGAAACUCUGUUCUCUGCUGGAUUGCUUACUGACCCCUGAAAAUGUGCCAAUGGAUUGCCCCAGAGAGCUCUAUGAGAUGUAUUUUGUCUUUGCUUGUAUUUGGGCGUUUGGUGGGGCAUUCUUUCAAGAUCAGCUUUCAAAUUACCAAGCUGAAUUCAGCUGCUGGUGGCUUAAGAAGAUGAAAGCAGUGAAGUUUCCAUCCCAGGGCACAGUGUUCAAUUAUUACCUUGAUGCAGAGACAAGGAAGUUCCUGCCCUGGGUGGAUAAGGUCCUGACUCCUGAUGUGGAUCCAGAUGCACCUCUGCAAGCAAUCUUUGUUCACACAUCUGAGACUGCACUUCUCAAAUAUUUUAUUGAUUUACUCUUAACAAAAGGCAAACUAGUCAUGCUUGUUGGAAAUGCCAGAGUAAGUAAAAGUGUUGUAGGCGACAGGCUUGCUGCUCUCUCUGAAGACUACCUCCUGGAUAACAUCCCUCUCAACUACUACACAGUAUCAGCAGUGCUUCAGAAGAUGCUUGAAAAAAAGCUGGAGAAAAAAGCUGGUCAUAACUAUGGUCCAGCAGGAAAUAAGAAACUUACCUAUUUUACUGAUGAUUUGAAUAUGCCUGAAGUAGAUAGAUACGGAACGGUUCAACCUCAUGUACUUAUUCGGCAGCAUAUAGAUCACGGACACUGGCAUGAUAAGCAGAAGCUAACUAUUAAAGAAAUUCAUAAUUGUCAGUAUAUUGCCUGUAUGAAUCUAAUUGCUGGCAGCUUUACUCUCAACCCUAGACUCCAGAGACUUUUUGCAGUAUUUGCUUUGAACUUUCCUUCUUCAGAUUCCCUGUCUACCAUCUAUACCAAUAUAGUUUGCUCCCACUUCCAGCAACAUGCCUUUACUCCAUCAAAUGUGGAAGACCAGUGUUGCUGCAAGCCUGCGAAAGCGCAGGAACCACUGAGGAAUCUACUUGAGGAGUUCCUAGAAAGCUACAAUGAAGUGCGUGCUUCUAUGAACCUAGUCUUAUUUGAGGGUGCCACGCAGCAUGUGUGCCAGAUCAGUUGUAUCCUAGAAGCCCCUAGGGGUUGUGCACUUCUGACAGGAGUAGGUGGUAGUGGUAAACAAAGCUUGUCAAGGCUGGUAGCAUACAUCUGCUCCCUGGAGGUUUUCCAAAUAGCACUGAUGAAAGACUACGGGAUCCAGGACCUGAGGGUAGAUCUUGGCAGUUUGUACAUCAAGACUGGUGCCAAGAACAUGCCCACAGUGUUUUUCCUGACAGAUGCCCAGGUUCCAGAUGAACGCUUUCUUGUGCUGAUUAAUGACUUGUUGGCAUCAGGAGAGGUUCCAGAUCUGUUCAGUGAUGAAGACGUGGAGGGCAUAGUUACAGAAGUUAGAGAAGAAGUCCAAGCCCUGGGCCUGAUGGACACCAGGGAGAGCUGCUGGAGGUUCUUCUUCAGUAGACUGCAGCUGCAGUCAAAAAUGACAUUUUUCUUCUGUACCUUAGGCCAUACGCUGCGAGGGCGAGCUCAGAAGUCCCCAGCCAUCGUUAACUGCGCGGCUAUUGACUGGUUUCAUGAGUGGCCGCGGGAGGCCCUGCGCUCCGUCAGCGGGAGGCUCAUUGAAGAAGCCGAGGGGGUUGAGCCACUCAUCCAGGACUCCAUUUGUGACUUCAUGGCUUAUGCUCACACCAGUGUGAAUAUGAUGAGUGCCAAAUACAAUCGUAAGGACAGGCGGUACAAUUACACUAUUGCGAAGACUUCUCUGGAGAAAAUCAUGCUUUAUAAGAUCCUUCUAGAGAAGAAAAACAAGGUGUUGGGACACAUGGAGCACUUGGUGAAUGGCAUGCAGAAGCUGAAGGCAGCAGCUUUCCAGGUAGAAGAUCUAAAAUACAAACUUGCUUCUUGAGAGGCAGAACUGCAACUGAGAAAUCAAGAUGUUGAAGCUUUGAUUGCUAAGAUAGGGUUUCAGACUGAGAAAGUGAUCCAAGAAAAGGCCAUUGCAGAUGCAGAGGAGCAAAAGGUAGCAGCAAUCCAAGAAGUAUAUCUGAGACAGAAAGAAUGUGAGGAUGAGCUGCUGAAAGAUGAACCUGCUCUUGUUGCUGCUACAGCAGCCUUAGACACACUUAGUAUGGUUAAUCUUACAGAACUGAAAGCCUUCACUGAUGCACCAAUGGCUGUAAUCAAUGUUAUCACUGCAGUGAUGGUUUUACUGGCAUAUAAGGGGAAAGUGCUCGAAGACCGAAGCUGCAAAGCCGCAAAAGUCUUUACAGGAGAGGUUGAUGACUUCUUACAAGCUUUAAUCAACUAUGAUAAGGAGCAUAUUCCUCAGAAUUGUCUGAAAGUCAUCGAGGAACAUUACUUGAAGGAUCCAGAUUUCAACCCAAAUUAUGUUCAUACAAAAUCCUUUGCAGCAGCUGGUCUCUGUGCCUCGGUCAUAAAUAGAGUAAAAUUCAAGGAGGUGUAUUGUGAGGUAGAACCAAAAUGUGCGUUGGCCCAGGCAAAUGCUGGAUUAACAGCAGCUACAGAAAAACUAGAAGCCAUCAGGAAAAAGCUUCUUGUUCUGGAUAGCAAUCUGCAUAAGCUCACAGCUUCACUCAAGAAAGCAGUCACAGAGAAAGUGUGAUGUCACGAUGAUGUGACAAACAAAACUAUUGCGCUGGCCAACAGGUUGGUCAAGGGACUUGAGUCUGAAAACAUGCCUUGGAGCCAGUCCGUCAAAGACCUCAAAGUACAAAAGAAAACUUUAUGCUGUGACAUCUUAUUAACAGCAGCAUUUGUGUCUUACUUUGGACCCUUCACAAAACAGUACUGCCAGGAACUGAUGGAACAUUUCUGGAUUCCUUUUCUAAAGUCAUAAAAGGUUCCUGUUCCUGUGACGGAGAGCCUGGACCUGAUUGCCACGUUGACGGAUGAUGCUACAAUUGCGGCAUGGAGUAACGAGGGACUGCCCAGUGAUAGGAUGUCAACAGAAAAUGCCACUAGUCUAACAAACUGCAAGUGCUGGGCUCUGAUGAUAGAUCCCCAGCAACAGGGAAUUAAAUGGAUAAAGAAUAAAUAUGGAGCUGACCUUAAAGUCGUACGUCUAGGACAGAAAGGUUUUCUAAAGACCAUUGAAAGAGCUUUGGCUUGUGGAGAGACUGUACUAAUUGAAAACAUGGGUGAAUCUAUUGAUCCCAUACUUGAUCCUCUGCUUGGAAGACAUACAGUUAAAAAAGGACUAUAUAUCAAGAUUGAGGACAAAGAAUGUGAAUUCAACAAGAAUUUCUGUCUCACCCUUCACACUGAACACUACAAGCCAGAACUGCAGGCUCAGACCACCCUCAUUAAUUUCACUGUCACCAGGGGCAGGCUGGAAGACCAGCUGUUGGCUGAGGUUGUUAGUGCUGAAAGGCCAGACUUAGAAGGAAGUAAGCUUAUCCUGGCCGAGCAGCAGAACCAUUUCAAGAUUGAGCUCAGGCAGCUGGAGGAUGACAUGCUGCUCAGCCUGUCAGCUGCCCAGGGCAGUUUCUUAGACAACAGUGAACUUGUAGAGAAACUCAAAUCAACAAGGUCAACUGCAGCAGAAAUACAGCACAAGGUAGCUGAAACCAAAGAAAAUGAAGCUCAGAUUAAAGUGACAAGAUGGCAUUACAGACUGACAGCCAUAAGAGCAUCCAUUCUUUACUUCAUUAAUAACAGUCUGGACAGCAUCAACCCCAUUUACCAGUUUUCACUGAAGGCCUUCAAUGCAGUCUUCCACAAAGCAGCAAUAAAGCAGGCUGAAAAAUCAGGGGACAUUCAGUGUCAUAUCUCUAACCUGACCGUAGCUGUCACAUAUUCAACCUUUAUUUUCACAAGCCAAGGACUUUUUGAAAAGGAUAAGCUCAUUUUCUUGGCCCAAAUAGCUUUUCAGAUUCUUCUAAGAAGUAAAAAGAUAGAACUGCUUGAAUUGGAUUUCCUUCUUCAAUUCAAAGUUGAACACACUUACAGGAGUCCUGUUGACUUCUUAACUACUCAGUCAUAGAGUGUCAUUAGGGCUAUGGAAGUGAUGGAUGUGUUCCGGGGGUGAGAUAAAGAUGUUGAAAGAUUCACCGAGAGGCAGAAGAAGUGGGUGAACUCAGAAUGUCCAGAAAAUGAAAAGCUCCCCCAGGAAUGGACAAACAAAAGCUCUCUUCAGAAACUAAUCAUACUGAGGGCGCUCCGUCCGGACAGAAUGACAUAUGCUUUUGGGAACUUUGUGGAGGACAAGCUUGGCUCAAGAUAUAAGGAAAGCACAAGGAUGGACUUUGCAAAAUCCUAUGAAGGAAGCAGUCCAGCCACUCCUAUGUUUUUCAUUCUGUCUCCAGGAGGAGACCCCCUUGAAGAUAUUGAGACACUAGGCAAAAAGCUUGGGUUCACUGUAGACUCUGGAAGAUUUUGUAGCAUCUCUCUGGGACAAGGGCAGGAGAUGGUUGCAGCGGAGGCACUUGAGAAGGCUGCCAGACAUGGCCAUGGGGUUCUUUUCCAAUGUAUUCAUCUAGUAGCCAAGUGGCUAGGAACCUUGGAAGAACUCCUUGAGCAAUACAGUGAAGAAAGUCAUCCUGAUUUCCAUGUCUUUAUUAGUGCUGAAGCAGCUCCAACCCCAGAAAAGCAUAUCGUUCCUCAAGGAAUACUAGAAAGCUCAAUUAAAAUCACCAGUGAACCUCCUAUAGGGAUGCUGGCUGAUUUACAUGCCGCUUUCUACAGGUUUUGGCAGGAUACCCUUGAACUGUGUACCAGAGAAGUGGAAUUUAAAAGCAUCCUUUUUUCUCUUGCGUAUUUUCACAGUUGCAUUGCUGGGAGAUUGAAGUUUGGCCCUCAGGGCUGGAAUGGAAGGUACCCGUUCAGUGCUAGAGAUCUCGCCAUCUGCGUCACUGUCCUUGGCAACAAUUUAGAGACCCCUACAAAGGUUCCAUGGGAAGACUUGCAUUACCUCUUUGGUGAGGUCAUGUACGGUGGCCACAUCACUGACGCCUGGGACCACAGGCUCUGCGGUAUAUAUCUGCAAGAAUUCACCAGCCCACCUAUAAUGACACACUAAAUAGAAUUAAUGUUGGCACCAGGUUUCUUGGCCCCACCAAAUUUGGAUUAUGCUGGAUACCAUAAAUACACAGAUGAAAUGCUUCCAUCUGAAAGCCCUUUACUCUACGGACUGCACCCCAAUGCUGAGAUGGCAUUCGUAGAAGAGGGAUCAGGCCAGUCUGCAGAGGAAAAGAUGAAGAAUGUCCUGGAUGAUAUUCUGGAGGUGUUUCCCGAGGUGUUUAACAUGGCAGAAAUCAUGCAGAACACUAUGGCCUGGAGCCCCUGUGCCCUUGUUUGCCCUCAAGAGUGUGAAAGCAUGAACCUCCUCCUUUCAGAGAUCCAUAGGUCUCUUAAAUAGCUGAACCUUGGUCUGAAGGGGGAGUUGAUGUUCUCUCCUCACAUGCAAGUGCUGCAAUCCGCUCUCUAUGAUGCUGUGCCAGACACAUGGACUAGACUAGCCUAUCUAUUCACAUACAGCUUUGCCCACUGGGUUACUGCUCUUCUCAUGUGGUAUGGAGAACUUGACAUCUGGACAGGGGACCUUGUGCUGCCAGCAGUGGUGUGGCUUUCUGGCUUGUUCAAUCCUUGGUCCUUUCUGACACUUGUAAUGCAGAGCAUGGCAUGCAAGAACAACUGGUCUUUGGAUAAGGUGUGCCUGACUGCAGAUGUUACCAAAAAGACCAAAGAAGAUUAUGGCCACCCACCACGGAAAGGAGCCUGUAUCUGUGGACUUUUCAUGGAGGGUGCCAGGUGGGAUAUCCAGCUGGGGACCACAGAUCAAGCCUGGCUCAAGGAAUUGCCUCCAGCAAUGCCAGGGCUAUUCCAUGAAUGUCCAGUUUAUAAAGUCAAAAGCAGAGGGCAAGCUGAUGUUUGGACUUUCAACCUGAAAAGCAAGGAGAAGCCAGCUAAAUGGGUUCUGGUAGGAGUAGCUUUAGUUGCAGCAGUUUAG